GACUCUAUGAGCAGGAGUGUUAUUAGAAAGAGAAGAAAGAUACAUGUGCGAUAUGAAAACAAAUAUUUGAAAAAUUUAUUAAGUUAAAUAUUUUCGCGUUUUGUACGUAGUUGAUUACUAGAAGAUCUCUGGUGCUUGAAUUAAGUCCUCUCCACUCGCACCAGUCAGCGCGACUCUUGGACAGCAGAGGAAACUGCUGGCAGACACGACAUGGUGGACUCAGAGCUGACGAUGCGAAUACACCUGAGAUCAGCAUAAGUGGAGAACUACAAGAAGGGAAAGAAUGUAGAGGAGCCACUCUCCAAGGACAACUUGCCCAUUCCUGACCUGCCAGAAAACUUUGUUUGGAUGCAGGUGGCGGGCGGCAGCAAGAUGAGGAACGUGCUGGGGUACGCCAUGAAGGUGUUCAAGGACGAGAAGAGCAUCGUGUGGAGCGGCUCGGGCGCGGCCGUCGGCAAGACCGUCAGCUGCGCCGAGAUCAUGAAGCGCCGCUUCAAGAAGGUGCACCAGAUCACCAAGAUCUGCUACCGCAAGGUGGAGGAGCACUGGGAGCCGCUGCUGGAGGAGCUGGACCCCCUGGUGGUGGUCAGGGAGAUACCCACCAUCCACAUCCUGCUCUGCAAGGACCAGCUCAACCCAGAGGAGCCCGGGUACCAGGCGCCGGGGAACGCGGACGUGUUCUGGAGGGCCAAGGAGAGCGCGCAGGAGCCGAGGAGACGGCCCGGUCCGUCGGGCCGGAGGGGGGCCAAGCUGGCCCGCGGGGGGCCAGAGUCCCCCCAGCUCCCGGCCGAGAGAAACGCUGGCUGCACCCCGUGAGGCGGGAACCACCAUAUCCAUUGCUGUAUAUAGUCUCUCUUUUAUUAAAUGAGCAAUUCCAA